GAUAUCACACACACAAGACUGGGUGGGACUUUAUUUGCAGGCUAAGGCGCUGCUCGCUCUUUGGCUAGCAGCUCGCUUCUCCGCUCCCCUGACCAUCAGCUGUUGCUCCUAGCGCCGCACCCGGGCGACUUCGCCGCCUUCUUUCCACACCUCGCCAUCUGGAUCCAGGCGCAGAAGUCUCGGAGGGAAGGUGGUGUGUGUGUGUUUUUUCCCUCGCCUGCCUUGCGCGGACGGCUCUCCGGGAUCGCCUCUCCGCCAGCGCACUUGAAGAGAUAGGAACCAACAUCUCCACACAAGAAAGGCUCUGAUGGCCAGCAACAACACCACCAGCAUAGCACAAGCAAGGAAGCUGGUGGAACAGCUCAAAAUGGAGGCAAAUAUCGACAGAAUAAAGGUAUCCAAAGCUGCAGCAGACCUGAUGGCGUACUGUGAAGCCCAUGCCAAGGAAGACCCCUUAUUAACUCCUGUCCCUGCUUCAGAAAAUCCAUUUAGAGAGAAGAAGUUCUUCUGUGCCAUUCUGUAAAUCUCACAGGAGCCUGACUCCGAUUUGGGCUGCCCUGGACACUGAUGUAGAGAUUUUUCAGCAAGGUGGACCAGUUUCUAGAGUCCACUUACUUUAAGAAAAAUAUAUCAAACCACCUGGAAGUUUACAGAGAAGUGCAUGAUUUUUUUUUUUUAAAAAAAAGUGAAUUCCUGCCUUCUUUGGAGAACGAGUUAAUAACGAUGUUGACCUACAUCAAGAGGCUAAAGAUCUUGACAUCUGCAGAGUUGCCUGGAGGAGGAGGAGGGAGGGAGGGGGAAAAUGUGUAAAAGAGUACAUUUAAUUUUCACUUUUGCUCUGGCCAAGCCAAACUCUUGUUGGCUUUCUCUGAAACAAAAAGGAGGGUGCGCAGAGCAAGGUUGCGAAUGACGCAAUGGGGUAUGUGUAUGUAACCUCGAUUAUUUUGUUUUGCUUUUCUCAAAUGUCACUCUUAUUUAUGUUGAAAUGUAAAAUAAUUGCAAUGGAUUCAAUUUAUUCUAACGUUCCUUAGUGUGGAGUAUUGUGCGUAUUUAGCAUUUUAGAGUAGUGCCACGCGAGGGUGGGGUGGGCCGGGAUCCAAUCGUAGUAGCCUAUCAAGUCUAAACAUUUUAUCAGAGGUUUAGUUGAGACCGUCUCCUUGCUUUUCACAAGCUUACGGGGCUGUCUUGUGCAUUCCUAGUAUACUUAGCAUUGCUGUUUUCUAACAUUUGUAUUUGGUAGCUUUUGUUCUGCUAGUAAAAUGUAUGUUGUAUUGGA